AUGGACGUUAGGAGAUGAUACACUGUCGAUAAUCAAACACUAAUGCAAAAAAUUAUUUAUUAGGUACAAGUAUUUCGAAUUUGAUACAACACUUGUCAAAGGCUUUUUACACCAUCACGAUGAACAAAACACGCACCAUUUUCAAUAUUUUGUAUUUGAUAUAAUAUUUAUGCUAUACCCAUUCUCUAAUUUUGAGCAGUGAAUACUUUUUUCUUCUCUUUAUUUUGGAUGUCCUUCUCGUUUUCUUUCAUUUUCUUUUUCCAAUUGGGGUCGCGGUCAAAAAGCUUCUUGGCCAACACGCACAUGGCUAUGGAUGGGCUAUGUCUAUAUAAGCACGACACCUCACAAUCGCCCUUGCCCAACAUUAUCAAGCCAUCAUAUCUCUCUCUCACCCACACACAGACACAGACCCACAUACAGACAAAUAGAUACACACACAAAGAAGAAAAUAUGGAGGUUUCAAUACAAUCAAUUGCACUAGCGACGGUUCUGGCCGUCCUGACCACAUGGACAUGGAGGGUGGUGAACUGGGUGUGGCUGAGGCCGAAGAGGCUCGAGAGGCUCCUGAGACAGCAAGGCCUCUCCGGCAAACCCUACACCUUCCUGUUCGGAGACCUCAAGGAGAACUCACGGUUGCUCAAGGAAGCCAAGUCCAAGCCCAUCGCCGUCUCCGACGACAUCAGUCCUCGUGUCUUGCCUUUCUGGCAUCAAUCCUUCCAAACCUAUGGCAAUGACGUGUUCAAGUGGAUAGGAACAACACCGAGAGUGAGCAUAACGAACCCCGAACAAUUAAAGGAGAUCUUCUCCAAGAUAAACGACUAUCCCAGGCCAGCCUCCAAUCCCCUGGUGAAGUUGCUAGCCGAUGGACUCGCGAGCCACGAGGGCGAGAAAUGGGCACGGCACAGAAAGAUCAUCAAUCCAGCAUUCCACAUGGAGAAGUUGAAGCUUAUGUUGCCUGCAUUUUAUUCAAGUUGCACUGAAAUGGUUGGUAGAUGGGAAAAAUUGGUAUCAGUAAAGAGAUCCUGUGAGAUCGACGCGUGGAUCGACCUUCGAAAUUUGACCCGUGACGUGAUCUCUCGAACAGCAUUUGGCAGUAACUUUGAAGAAGGCAAAAAGAUCUUCGAACUUCAGGAGGAACAAGCCCGGCUCGCACUUAUAGCCCUUCAAUCGGUUUACAUCCCCGGCUGGAGGUUUGUGCCAACUAAAAUGAAUAGGAGGAUGAAGAACAUAGAUAAGGAAGUGCAGGCUCUACUCAUGAACAUCAUUCGCAGACGAGAGAAAGCAAUGAGGGCAGGGGUAGGUGCUAGCAAUGAUCUACUGGGGCUGUUGCUGGAGUCAAACAUGAAAGAGAAUGUCGGGAUGAGCAUUCACGACGUGAUCGAGGAGUGCAAGCUUUUCUACUUCGCCGGACAAGAGACCACUUCGGUCUUGCUGGUUUGGACCAUGGUCUUGCUGAGUGUGCACUCGGAUUGGCAAGCACGAGCUAGGGAGGAAGUCCUCCAAAUAUUUGGAAGCAGAAAACCUGACCUUGACGGGUUAAGCCACCUCAAGAUUGUCACAAUGAUCUUGAAUGAGGUCCUGAGGCUAUACCCACCGGUGAUGGAGCUGGCACGGAGGGUUGAGAAGGAAACAAAACUCGGGAAGCUGACCAUACCCCGGGGAGUCCAGCUCGCAGUGCCGACUCUCCUCAUCCACCAUGAUAAAGAACUGUGGGGCAAGGAUGCUGAUGAGUUCAAGCCAGAGAGGUUCGUUGAGGGAGUCUCCAAGGCCACCAAGAACCAAGUCUCCUUUCUCCCAUUCGGAUGGGGCCCUCGUAUAUGUGUCGGCCAGAAUUUCGCUAUGAUAGAGGCAAAGAUGGCGCUCGCCAUGAUACUUCAGAAAUUCACAUUUGAGCUCUCUCCAUCUUAUGCGCAUGCUCCUUUCAAUGUCAUCACCCUCCAGCCACAGUAUGGUGCUCAGGUCAUCUUGCGCAAGGCAAAUUAAAAGUUACAGAUCAGGGUGACGAGUUGUGUAGACAAAAAAGUGCAUAGAAAUAAUGAAAUUAUACACCAUUUUCCAAGUUUAUGCAUUGUUGUUUCUUCACUUUUGAGAACAGAAAUUUAGUUUUUGUAAACGUAAUCAAAUGGCCUCUUAACUAA